AUGGCAUCCAACAACAACACCAGCCAAGACGGCACUCGCCGUCGCAACUUCUUCGAGGAGUUUGGCGUCUGGCAAGACGCCCCGGUGCUGAAGGGCAGCACCCGGUAUGAGCCGCUGCCGGAUGUCAAGAACAUCAUGAUUACCGGCGGUGCCGGCUUUAUUGCCUGCUGGCUUGUCCGCCACCUGACCCUCACCUAUCCGGACGCCUACAACAUCGUCUCCUUUGACAAGCUCGACUACUGCGCGUCGCUCAACAACACGCGCGCGCUGAACGACAAGCGCAACUUCACCUUCUACCAGGGCGACAUUACUAACCCGUCCGAAGUGGUCGACUGCCUGGAGCGCUACAACAUCGACACCAUCUUUCACUUUGCUGCCCAGUCGCACGUCGAUCUGAGCUUUGGCAACUCCUAUGGCUUCACGCACACCAACGUUUAUGGCACGCACGUCCUGCUGGAGAGUGCUAAGAAGGUCGGCAUCAAGCGUUUCAUCCACAUCUCCACCGACGAGGUGUAUGGCGAAGUCAAGGAUGACGAUGACGAUCUGCUGGAGUCGAGCAUUCUCGCCCCCACUAACCCGUACGCCGCCAGUAAGGCUGCGGCCGAGAUGCUGGUCCACUCGUACCAGAAGAGCUUUAAGCUGCCGGUCAUCAUUGUGCGCAGCAACAACGUUUACGGCCCACAUCAGUAUCCCGAGAAGGUCAUCCCCAAGUUCUCGUGCCUGUUGAACCGCGGCGAGCCUGUCGUGCUGCACGGCGACGGCAGCCCGACCCGGAGAUACCUGUUUGCCGGUGACGCGGCCGACGCGUUCGACACCAUCCUGCACAAGGGCGUCAUUGGCCAGAUCUACAACGUCGGCUCGUACGACGAGAUCUCCAACCUCGACCUGUGCGGUCACCUACUGACGGAACUCGGCAUCAAGCACGACACCCCAGAGGAGUUCAAGAAGUGGGUCAAGUACACUCACGAUCGGCCGUUCAACGACCACCGCUAUGCUGUUGAUGGCACCAAGCUCCGCCAGCUGGGCUGGGAGCAGAAGACUAGCUUCGCCGAUGGCCUCAAGAUCACGGUAGACUGGUACCGGAAGUAUGGCGAGCAGUGGUGGGGCAACAUCAGCAAGGUGCUUAGCCCGUUCCCGCUUGUGGUUGACCGGUUGGUCAUGUCGGACAAGGAGCCGGUAUCGGACAGCCCCCAGCCGGCCGAGGCCCACGGAAAGAACACGUCGUCUUAG